AUGAAGCCACAUUCAUCAGUCAUAUCCAAGGUAACUAACACCACUCAAGAUCCUUUCUACUUUAUCCUCACUGGCAUCCCUGGAUUUGAGGCCUCGCACAUCUGGGUCUCCAUUCCCUUCUGCUGUCUCUACACCAUCUCCAUUGUGGGCAACGCCACCAUCCUCACUGUCAUCCGCACAGAGCCCUCCUUCCACCAGCCCAUGUACCUGUUUCUCUCCAUGCUGGCCCUGACUGACCUGGGGCUUACCCUCACCACCCUGCCCACAGUCAUGCAGCUUCUCUGGUUCAACAUUCGGGAGAUCAGCUUUGAGGCCUGUUUCGCCCAGUUCUUCUUCCUCCAUGGAUUCUCCUUUAUGGAGUCUUCUGUGUUAUUGGCCAUGUCCUUCGACCGCUAUGUGGCCAUCUGCCGCCCUCUCCAUUAUGCCUCCAUCCUCACCAAUGAAGUUAUUGGUAGAAUUGGGUUUGCCAUCAUUUGCCGCUGUGUUCUGGCUGUUCUUCCCUCGCUUUUCCUACUCAAGCGCCUGCCCUUCUGCUGCUCCCACCUUCUCUCUCACUCCUACUGCCUCCACCAGGAUAUGAUUCGCCUGGUCUGUGCAGACAUCCGGGUCAACAGCUGGUAUGGAUUUGCUCUGGUCUUGCUCAUUACUGUAAUGGACCCUCUUCUCAUUUUGCUCUCCUAUACGCUCAUCCUGAAAAAUAUCCUGGGCACAGCCACCUGGACUGAGCGGCUCCAUGCCCUCAAUAACUGUCUGUGUCACAUUCUUGCUGUUCUGGUUCUGUAUGUCCCCAUGGUUGGUGUAUCUAUGACUCACCGCUUUGCUAAGAAUGCCUCUCCACUGGUCCAUGUUAUCAUGUCCAAUGUCUACCUGCUGGCACCUCCCGUGAUGAACCCCAUUAUUUACAGUGCAAAGACCAAGCAGAUUCGCCAGGGAAUCCUUCAUCUCCUUUCCCUCCAAAAUAUGCAUUCAAGAUGA